GUGGAAGUUCCCUCGCAGAUACUCCUGCACUAUGUCAAUAAUCAAUAACUUUCUCUUCUCGAAUAGCCCAGCAUACUCUAUACGAUGGGGCUUGUUUGAGGAAUAUCAAUAUGAUCUAACAAUGGCAGCGUUGGAUAAUGUCCUCAAUUUUGGUUUACAAGCCAGCAGUCAACUUUACCAUAAGGUAAAGUCUUGGGGCGGUUUGGAAUUCAAUGUGGUGAGUCUUGGUGCAACAGAGAUGGGCUACUUUCCGGGGGACUGAGGCUGAACCUACAAUAAGACGCUGCCACCUGAGAUUGAGCUUAUUUAACCUCGUGUUUUGUGUGAAUUUACACUGCAACUGU